AUGGCAGACAAUGUUGCUGCCGUUACCAGAAUUGCAAGAGUUACCGCAAAGACCAUCCCAGUCAGCCCUAUCACUGCGGCUCCGUCAUUAACGCACCAGCGCGAACUGCUCAGGAGAGACGAGACAGUCAGUGAAGACACCUGCGGCUGGGUAAAUGGUGAUCUGAACACUCCUCUCGUCUGCAAUUAUCCCUACUAUCAACCCUGUCUAUGGUCCCCCGAGCUUCACGCAGUCGGGUGCUGCGGCGGCGCGGCCACCACGGACUGCGCCUGGGUGACAUCCUGCGUCCCUUACUCGAUGGUGGACAACGGUUGUGACUCGGCAUGCCAGGCGAAUUACCUGAACACGGUGUGCAACGAGGCUUAUCCGCUGUGUGCGACAGCCACGUUCGGCGGGCCAGAAGGCUACACGUACCUUUCCUGCACGGACACGCCCGGGCCCACUGACACGAUGAUGGUGACCUACUACGGUGGCAACGCGACCUCCAUCGCCGGCCUCCCGCGGUACUUCUCCGACUAUUGGUUCGGCAGCGGCACUGCCACGGACACGUCCACCUCGGCGACCGGCACAUCGACGUCCACGAGCGACGCCGACUUGAACGAUACCUUGUCCUGGUUCUCGGCACACAGGACCGUCAUCAUCGGCGCGAUUGCCGGCUUCUGCGGGCUAGUGCUCCUGCUCCUGGUGGGCUGCUGUAUCCUUAGGAGGAAGCGGGCGAGUCGAGGCGUUUACAGGCCUGCGAGCCAGGCCGUGCCGGUAUAUACGAUGCAGGCGCCCGUCCAGGAGCAGUAUCCCAUGAUGCAGUAUCGGGGGUAUGGCUCUGAGUAUCAGGGAUCUGAUUACGGGAGGGUAUACGUCGGCCCGAACAAGUGA